AUGGCUUGCUGGCCUCAGUUGAGGCUGCUACUGUGGAAGAACCUCACUUUCCGAAGAAGACAAACAUGUCAGCUGCUGCUGGAAGUGGCCUGGCCUCUGUUUAUCUUCCUGAUCCUGAUCUCGGUUCGGCUGAGCUACCCACCCUACGAGCAGCAUGAAUGCCACUUUCCAAACAAAGCCAUGCCCUCCGCAGGAACACUUCCUUGGGUUCAGGGGAUUAUCUGUAAUGCCAACAACCCCUGCUUCCGUUACCCAACUCCUGGAGAGGCUCCUGGGGUCGUUGGAAACUUUAACAAGUCUAUUGUGUCUCGCCUGUUCUCAGAUGCUCGGAGACUGCUGUUAUUUAGCCAGAAAGACACCAGCUUGAAGGACAUCCACAAAGUUCUGAGCACCUUGCGGCAGAUAGAGAGCUCCAGUGCAAGCCUGAAGCUUCAGGAUUUCCUAGUGGACAAUGAAACCUUCUCUGGAUUCCUGUAUGACAACCUCUCUCUCCCAAGGACUUCUGUGGACAAAAUGCUGGGGGCUGACGUCAGUCUCCAAAAGGUGUUUGUGCAUGGCUAUCAGUUACACUUCAUCAAUCUGUGCAAUGGAUCAAAAUUAGAAGAGGUGAUUCAACUUGGGGACCAAGAAGUUUCUGAGCUUUGCAGCCAGCCAAGGGAGAAACUGGAGACAGCAGAGCGAGUUCUUCGUUCCAACGUGGACAUCCUGAAGCCAAUCCUGAGAGGACUAAACUCCACAUCUCCCUUCCUGAGCACAGAGCUGGCUGAAGCCACAAAAAUGUUGCUGGGGAGUCUUGGAGUUCUGGCCCAAGAGCUGUUCAGCAUGAGGAGCUGGAGUGACAUGCGGCAGGAGGUGAUGUUUCUGACCAACGUGAACAGCUCCAGCUCCUCCACCCAGAUUUACCAGGCUGUGUCCCGCAUAGUCUGUGGCCACCCCGAGGGUGGGGGGCUGAAGAUCAAGUCCCUCAACUGGUAUGAGGACAACAACUACAAAGCCCUCUUCGGUGGCAAUGGCACCGAGGAAGAUGCCGGCACCUUCUAUGACAAUUCUACAACUCCUUAUUGCAAUGACCUGAUGAAGAAUUUGGAGUCCAGCCCUCUUUCCCGCAUUAUCUGGAAAGCUCUUAAGCCUCUGCUUGUAGGGAAGGUCCUGUACACCCCUGACACUCCAGCUACGAGGCACGUCAUGGCUGAGGUGAACAAGACCUUUCAGGAGCUAGCUAUGUUCCAUGAUCUGAAAGGCAUGUGGGAAGAGCUCAGCCCCAAGAUCUGGACCUUCAUGGAGAACAGCCAAGAAAUGGACCUUGUCCGGACGCUCUUCAACACCAGAAGCAAUGACCUCUUUUGGGAACACCAGUUGGAUGGCUUAGGGUGGACAGUCCAGGACGUGGCAGCAUUUCUGGCCAAGCACCCGGAGGAUGUCCAGUCUGCGAAUGGCUCCGUGUACACCUGGAGAGAGGCUUUCAACGAGACCAACCAGGCCGUCCAGAGCAUCUCUCGCUUCAUGGAGUGUGUCAACCUGAAUAAGCUGGAACCAAUAGCAACAGAAGUCCGGCUCAUCAACAAGUCCAUGGAGCUGCUGGAUGAGAGGAGGUUCUGGGCUGGUAUCGUGUUCACUGGAAUUGCUCCUGACAGUGUUGAGCUGCCCCAUCAUGUCAAGUACAAGAUCCGAAUGGACAUUGACAAUGUGGAGAGGACGAAUAAAAUCAAGGAUGGGUACUGGGACCCUGGUCCUCGGGCCGACCCCUUUGAGGACAUGCGAUACGUCUGGGGGGGCUUCGCCUACUUGCAGGAUGUAGUGGAGCAGGCGAUCAUCAGGGUGUUGACAGGCACUGAGAAGAAAACUGGAGUCUUUGUGCAGCAGAUGCCCUACCCCUGUUACGUCGAUGACAUCUUCCUGCGGGUGAUGAGCCGGUCGAUGCCACUCUUCAUGACGCUGGCCUGGAUUUACUCUGUGGCCGUGAUCAUCAAGGGCAUCGUGUACGAGAAGGAGGCGAGGCUGAAGGAGACCAUGAGGAUCAUGGGCCUGGACAGCGGCAUCCUCUGGUUCAGCUGGUUCAUCAGCAGCCUCAUCCCGCUGCUGGUGAGUGCGGCCCUGCUGGUGGUCAUCCUGAAGUGGGGAAACCUGCUGCCCUACAGCGACCCCAGCGUGGUGUUCGUCUUCCUCUCCAUGUUCGCCGUGGUGACCAUCUUGCAGUGCUUCCUGAUCAGCACGUUCUUCUCCAGAGCCAACCUGGCGGCCGCCUGUGGGGGCAUCAUCUACUUCCUUCUGUACCUGCCCUACGUCCUGUGUGUGGCAUGGCAGGACUACGUGGGCUUGACAGUCAAGGUCUUUGUGAGCUUGUUUUCUCCUGUGGCCUUUGGGUUUGGCUGUGAGUACUUUGCCCUGUUUGAAGAGCAGGGCAUCGGGGUGCAGUGGGACAACCUGUUUGAGAGCCCCGUGGAGGGAGACGGCUUCAAUCUCACCACCUCGGUCUCCAUGAUGCUGUUUGACACCCUCCUCUAUGGAGUGAUGACGUGGUACAUCGAGGCUGUCUUUCCAGGCCAGUAUGGAAUUCCCAGACCCUGGUAUUUUCCUUGCACCAAGUCCUACUGGUUCGGUGAGGAAAGUGAUGAAAAGAGCCACCCUGGUUCCAGCCAGAAAGGAGUGUCAGAAAUCUGCAUGGAGGAGGAGCCCACACACCUGAAGCUGGGGGUGUCCAUUCAGAACCUGGUGAAGGUUUACCGAGACGGCAUGAAGGUGGCCGUUGAUGGCCUGGCUCUGAAUUUUUACGAGGGCCAGAUCACGUCCUUCCUGGGCCACAACGGAGCGGGAAAGACCACCACCAUGUCCAUUCUGACGGGGUUGUUCCCUCCAACCUCAGGAACCGCCUACAUCCUGGGGAAGGACAUCCGCUCUGAGAUGGGCACCAUCCGGCAGAACCUGGGGGUCUGUCCCCAGCACAACGUGCUCUUUGACAUGCUGACCGUCGAAGAGCACAUCUGGUUCUAUGCCCGCCUGAAAGGGCUCUCCGAGAAGCACGUGAAAGCCGAGAUGGAGCAGAUGGCCCUGGACGUGGGGCUGCCGCCCAGCAAGCUGAAAAGCAAAACAAGUCAGCUGUCAGGUGGAAUGCAGAGGAAGCUGUCAGUGGCCUUGGCCUUUGUGGGCGGGUCCAAGGUUGUCAUUCUGGAUGAGCCCACGGCUGGUGUGGACCCCUACUCCCGCAGGGGCAUUUGGGAACUGCUGCUGAAAUACCGACAGGGCCGCACCAUCAUUCUCUCCACACACCACAUGGAUGAAGCGGACAUCCUGGGGGACAGGAUCGCCAUCAUUUCCCAUGGGAAGCUGUGCUGUGUGGGCUCCUCCCUGUUUCUGAAGAACCAGCUGGGCACAGGCUACUACCUGACUCUGGUCAAGAAGGACACGGACUCCUCCCUCGGCUCCUGCAGAAAUAGCAGUAGCACUGAGUCGUACCUGAAAAAGGAGGACAGUGUUUCUCAGAGCAGUUCUGAUGCUGGCCUGGGCAGCGACCAUGAAAGUGACACGCUGACCAUCGACGUCUCCGCUAUCUCCAACCUCAUCCGGAAGCACGUGGCCGAGGCCCGGCUGGUGGAAGACAUUGGGCAUGAGCUGACCUACGUCCUGCCCUACGAAGCUGCCAAGGAGGGAGCCUUCGUGGAACUCUUCCACGAGAUCGAUGACCGCCUCUCAGACCUGGGUAUUUCCAGCUAUGGCAUCUCAGAGACCACCCUGGAAGAAAUAUUUCUCAAAGUGGCUGAAGAGAGUGGGGUGGACGCCGAGACCUCAGAUGGCACCCUGCCAGCAAGACGAAACAGAAGGGCCUUCGGGGACAGGCAGAGCUGUCUGCACCCAUUCACCGAAGACGACGCGGUUGAUCCCAAUGAUUCGGAUAUAGACCCAGAAACCAGAGAGACAGACCUGCUCAGCGGGAUGGACGGCAAAGGCUCCUACCAGGUGAAGGGCUGGAAGCUCACACAGCAGCAGUUUGUGGCCCUUCUGUGGAAGAGGCUGCUGAUUGCCAGGCGGAGUCGGAAGGGAUUCUUUGCUCAGAUUGUCUUGCCAGCUGUGUUUGUCUGCAUUGCCCUGGUGUUCAGUCUGAUCGUGCCACCCUUUGGCAAAUACCCCAGCCUGGAACUCCAGCCCUGGAUGUACAAUGAGCAGUACACAUUUGUCAGUAAUGAUGCACCAGAGGACGUGGGUACCCAGCAACUCCUGAAUGCCCUCACCAAAGACCCUGGCUUUGGGACCCGAUGCAUGGAAGGAAAUCCAAUCCCAGACAUGCCCUGCUUGGUUGGGGAGGAGGAGUGGACCUCUGCCCUGGUCCCCCAGACCAUCACGGACCUCUUCCAGAAUGGGAACUGGACAAUGCAGAACCCCUCGCCCACCUGCCAGUGUAGCAGCGACAAAAUCAAGAAGAUGCUGCCUGUUUGUCCCCCAGGGGCAGGGGGGCUGCCUCCUCCACAAAGAAAACAGAACACUGCAGACAUCCUUCAGAACCUGACGGGAAGAAACAUCUCAGAUUAUCUGGUGAAGACAUAUGUGCAGAUCAUAGCCAAAAGCUUAAAGAACAAGAUCUGGGUGAAUGAGUUUAGGUACGGCGGGUUUUCCUUGAGUGCCAGUGACUCUCAAACACUCCCUCCGAGUGAAGAAGUUAAUGACGCCAUCAAGCAAGUGAAGAAACAGUUGCAGCUGGCCAAGGACAGCUCUGCGGAUCGAUUUCUCACCAGCUUGGGAAGGUUCAUGACGGGGCUGGACACCAAAAACAACGUCAAGGUGUGGUUCAAUAACAAGGGCUGGCAUGCCGUCAGCUCUUUCCUGAAUGUCAUCAACAAUGCCAUUCUUCGGGCCAACCUGCAGAAGGGAGAGAAUCCCAGCCAGUAUGGGAUCACUGCGUUCAACCACCCCCUGAACCUCACCAAGCAGCAGCUCUCAGAAGUGGCUCUGAUGACCACGUCGGUGGAUGUCCUUGUUUCCAUCUGUGUCAUCUUUGCCAUGUCCUUCGUCCCGGCCAGCUUUGUUGUGUUCCUGAUCCAGGAGCGGGUCAGCAAAGCGAAGCACCUGCAGUUCAUCAGCGGAGUGAAGCCCGUCAUCUACUGGCUCUCCAACUUUGUCUGGGAUAUGUGCAACUAUGUGGUCCCCGCCACGCUGGUCAUUAUCAUCUUCAUCUGCUUCCAGCAGAAGUCCUACGUGUCCUCCACCAACCUGCCUGUGCUAGCCCUUCUCCUCUUGCUGUAUGGGUGGUCCAUCACACCUCUCAUGUACCCAGCCUCCUUCGUGUUCAAGAUCCCCAGCACUGCCUACGUGGUCCUCACCAGCGUGAACCUCUUCAUCGGCAUCAAUGGAAGUGUUGCCACUUUUGUGCUGGAGCUGUUCACCAACAAUAAGCUGAAUAACAUCAACGACAUCCUGAAGUCUGUGUUCUUGAUUUUCCCACAUUUUUGCCUGGGACGGGGGCUCAUUGACAUGGUGAAAAACCAGGCAAUGGCCGAUGCCCUGGAAAGGUUUGGGGAGAACCGCUUUGUCUCACCGCUCUCCUGGGACCUGGUGGGACGGAACCUCUUCGCCAUGGCCGUGGAAGGGGUGGUGUUCUUUCUCGUCACUGUGCUGAUCCAGUACAGGUUCUUCAUCAGGCCCAGGCCUAUAAAUGCGAAGCUUCCCCCUCUGAAUGACGAGGAUGAAGAUGUGAGGCGGGAAAGGCAGAGGAUUCUCGAUGGUGGAGGACAGAACGACAUCUUGGAAAUUAAGGAGUUGACUAAGGUCUACAGAAGCAAGAGGAAGCCGGCCGUGGACAGGAUUUGUGUUGGCAUUCCUCGAGGCGAGUGCUUUGGACUUCUGGGAGUUAAUGGAGCUGGGAAAUCAUCAACUUUCAAGAUGUUAACUGGAGAUACCACUGUAACCAGAGGGGAUGCUUGUCUUAACAAAAAUAGUAUCUUAUCUGACAUCCAUGAAGUACAUCAGAACAUGGGUUACUGCCCACAGUUUGAUGCCAUCACGGAGCUGCUGACUGGGAGGGAACACGUGGAGUUCUUUGCCCUCUUGAGAGGAGUCCCAGAGAAAGAAGUUGGCAAGGUUGGGGAGUGGGCAAUUCGGAAACUGGGCCUGCUGAAGUAUGGAGAAAAGUAUGCCGGUAACUAUAGUGGAGGCAACAGGCGCAAGCUCUCAACAGCCAUGGCUUUGAUCGGCGGGCCCCCUGUGGUGUUUCUGGAUGAACCGACCACAGGCAUGGAUCCCAAAGCCCGGCGAUUCCUGUGGAACUGUGCCCUAAGUAUCAUCAAGGAGGGGAGAUCAGUGGUGCUUACAUCUCACAGCAUGGAAGAAUGUGAAGCUCUUUGCACUAGGAUGGCAAUUAUGGUCAACGGGAGGUUCAGGUGUCUUGGCAGUGUCCAGCAUCUGAAAAACAGGUUUGGAGAUGGUUAUACAAUAGUUGUACGAAUAGCAGGGUCAAACCCUGACCUGAAGCCGGUCCAGGACUUCUUCGGGGUCGCCUUUCCAGGAAGUGUCCUAAAAGAGAAACACCGGAAUAUGCUACAGUAUCAGCUUCCAUCUUCAUUAUCUUCUCUGGCCAGGAUAUUCAGCAUCCUCUCCCAGAGCAAAAAGCGACUCCACAUAGAAGACUACUCUGUUUCUCAGACAACACUUGACCAAGUAUUUGUGAACUUUGCCAAGGACCAAAGUGAUGAUGACCACUUAAAGGACCUGUCAUUACACAAAAACCAGACAAUAGUAGAUGUGGCAGUGCUCACAUCUUUUCUGCAAGAUGAGAAAGUGAAAGAAAGUAAUGUAUGAAGAAUCCUGUUCCUACAGGUUGCUGAAAGAAAGGAGGAACUAGCCUUCCUUUGCACCAUGUGAAGUGUUCCAGAGGAAAGAGCCAGGAGUUUUUGUGGGGGAAGAAACAAACUGGAUACUGUUCAAUGCAAUGCAAUUCAAUGCAAUGAAAACAAAAUUCCAUUACAGGGGCAGUGCCUUUGUAGCCUGUGUCUUGUAUGGCUCUCAAGUGAAAAAGACUUGAAUUUAGUGUAUUACCUUACACCUAUAUGAAACUCUAGUAUGGAACUCAAUGGACAAGUGAGUUUGAAAUCAUGUUUUUAUUCCUUUGUAUUCUCACUGGGGUUGCAACAAUAAUUCAUCGAGUAAUCAUGGCCAGUGAUUAUUUAUCAAAAUCAAAAGUCAUGCACCUCCUCAUUCAUUAAGCCAUGCCAUGCCAGGAGACUGGUUUCCUGGUGAUACAUGCAUUGCUGGCAAUGAAUGUGCCAGAAUUACUAGUGCCAAGUUGCUCAGAAUGCCUGAAGCACCGCAGUGUGUCACGCACAUUUUUGUGAAAGCUGCUGUGCUCAGUCUGUUGACAUCAAGUUUCAGGUGACAAAAUGGUGCCAUGAGUGGUUAAAAUCCUACUCUGAUUUCCUCUUUGAUGAGCUGCUCUGGCGGUGGUGACAAGCAAACUGUGGAUGUCUCUAGACACGUGAGACUUGGUUCCAUUGUCAUACUGCCCUCUGCUGGGAGCCGUGGGUCUCCAGGGCUGUCUUUCUGGGACUCUCACAUAAACUUAGAUCCUGGUAAGAAGCAAAGAAUGAGUGGCCCAACUGCUGGGGCUGCAAGCUGCUGAGUCCAGGGCAUGGGAUUAAAGAGACGGCAUCAAGCCUAGGGAAGGAAGCCUGUGCCCAUUCGUGCCCAUUUGUCUUGAUUGGUAACACGGUACAUUGCAUCUCAAGAUCGUUACUGUUUGACCCCAAGUGUAUUAUCAUUUCUGGCUUAAAGUAGAAUAUAAAAAGGUGGAGAUGUAUUUUGACAAAAGCCUUUGUACUUUUCAUGUUAUUUGGAUUUUUAAGUUCUGUCAGUGACUCCUGAAACCUUAAUAUGGACUCUUGCAGAACCCUGUGGGACGAGGAGUCUGACCACACUGCCUCACUAGCUUUAUCUUCUCCUGUAAGUUUGCAGAUGGAGUGUCUGCCCAGUGAAAAAAUGAUGAUCAAGGUCUCAAGACAGUAUUAGAUCCGAGAUUCUUUAAGGUCAUUUGAAAUUCUCCUUGUUUCUGUCCAUCUAGUAUUUUUUGAGUGUAUGUGAUACUGAAUGAGUUAUGUAUGGAUGGGGGUGGGGUGGGGAUUAAGUCUUAUAGAUUUCCUGUGCCAUGUUAUUCAGCUAAUUGGUUUACAAAUAUAGGUUAUUUUUGUUGUCGUCAUUGUGCCUAGCCCACUUUUUAAAAAUAGCAACAAUGCAAAAGCCAAGAAAGUGUGUCAUAGUGUCACUGGUGAAACAAUGAAUCCUUUCACAGACUGAAAGGCUGAUCAGGAACCUGGUGAAUACAACCUGUGCUUAGGUACCUAUGCAGAUGUUAUUUAUACCCCGUUACAUCUAUGACAAUCGCAACCUUUUCAGGUUUUCAAUUACUACCCUAUCAUGAAAAAAAAAUAAAAAAAGCAUAGGCACCCACAUGAAGUGUUUUUCAGACUUUUCUAACCCAAUCUUAUUGUUUUAGGCAACACUUUUUGUUUGAAUAUUUCACUAAUGUUUAAAGUCUCUGUCUUGAGACUAAACAAAAAUAUGAGAGAACUAUUUGGUGAAGUUCAAGUGAUCUUUUAAUAUCAUUAAUUGGUGAAGUUCAAGUGAUCUUUUAAUAUCAUUACUAAUUUUUUCUCCCUUUUCUAAAUUUCUAGAAUUUAAAUAUUAACUCAAAAGGUAUAAGAUUUCAGGUCUAUUACAAAUUAAUCUAUUUUGCUUUAAAAACUUUACAGAAUGUUAUAUAAUUCGUUACUUGAAAAGAGAAAAUGACUUUUAGAAAUUGUCAAUAUUGUUUUCUAAAAUGAUAAAUUGAUGAAGGCGUAUUUCCAAUAAUUACUGGCAUGAGAUAGUUAAAUCAAAAGGUACUAUGUUAUCUUAAUUUUGGAAAAAAACAAUAUAAAGUUUCAAUACAGAUUUUAAAAAAUCUCUUCUGAAGCUGGAAACAAUCUACAUUUACCCAUCAACUUCACUAAUACUGUGUUACCUUUGAGACUAUCCAAAUAGUAAUCUCUUAAUUUUUCCAGUGUAAACUUAAUUAUGGUAGGAAUUUUGCUAGUUCUAUACUCCAUCGGGUAAAAUUUCUAUAUAAUCUCUGUGGAAUAGAACUAUGUGAGUUUCAGAAAUUCUCAAAAGAAGGUGUUCAAAGAUUCUGUCUUUGCUCAUUUUGGGCACCUUGGAAACCUUAUUAACAACUGUGAAUAUGAAAAAAUAAAACAAUAAAAAAAGCCCGCUAUAAAUAAACACCCAGCACAGUUCAUUAUUCAAAACAACCAAACCUCAAACUACUGUAUUUUAAGAUCUGUACUGAAAGCAGAUGCUCUGUGACUAUUAAACGUUGCACAUCAUUCAUUCACUGUUUAAUAAUCAUUGACUAAAGGGAUUUACGCUUUCUUCUUGUGGUUGUAUAUAUCAGGUAAAUUUUUCCAAAGAGCCAUGUGUUAUAUUAUACUGAACCACUUUGAUACUGAGAUAUUAAUUUGUACCCGUUACCAUUUACUAGUAAUAUUAUAGUACUAUAGUAAUAUUGCCCUAAUACUUUUCCAAAUUGUUGCAUCCCUUUUAAUAGAAUGUUUAUAUUUCAGUAAAGAUUAAGUAUGCUAUUCUCCCUCCUUCUACCCUAGGAGGAAGCUAUGUUUUUGUGCUUUUUCUUUACUAUUGGCCUUUCAUUCCAAGCACUUUAUGCUGUCUGUAAUGGGAUCUAUUUUUGCACUGGAAUAUCUAAGAAUUGCAAAGCUAGACAUAAGUUUCACAAUAGAUUUCUAAGUUAAAUCAUUUUCAUUAAAAGGAAAAAAGAAAAAAAAUUUGUAUUGUCAAUAACUUUAUAUGAAGUAUUAAAAGGCAUAUUUCUAUGUUGUAAUGAGUCACAAAAUAAAGCUGUGACAGUUGUCUUGGUC